AGUGAUACUUGGUGAAGCUAUCAACUCCAUAUUUCGAUGGUAUAGGAAGGCUACAAUCUGUUAUGCCUAUCGUGCUGAUGUCACGGUAGGUGGACUUCUCCCGGUAGCAAGAAAAAUAUGAAACUAUUACGGAUGACCGAAAAGGCAGCUGGUAUCCCUCGUUCGUUCCUACGAGGGACAACCGCAUUGACGGAUACGUGUAUCGCACAACGCAUGUCCUGGGCUUUAAAAAGGGGGUCUAGCCUAGAUCAGAGUCUCAGAGCAAGAAUUAAAUCUGUUGGUAGUAGUGGGAGAAGCUCUUUAUCAAAUAGCUUCGAUUUCCUUUAUAAACUCCUCAAGGGCAAUUCUCUCCUAUUCAACUUUGGAGAGAAACUUGGGCUGUGUAUAUUGAACUAGAACUCCUUCGAUAUUACAAUUCCAAUGAUCUACGGCGAGGAUG